AUGCGCAAAGGAGAUGUGCAGUUUCAGGAAGGCGGCACGGUAGAAGCCGCUGCGACAGUACGCGAGACUGAACAGCCCUCGCUCAGCAUCAACUAUCCGGUGGACCCCGCCAAACUGCAGGAAAAGAUUGGAAAGCAUUUGGAGCCAGACGUGUACGACGGCAAGGCCUUCGUCCAGGUGUCUGUUUUCUAUAAAUCCAGGGUGGAGAUGGACGCCCCGCUCGUUGGAUUCGUACCCACCGGUAUGAGCACCUGGGGCCUACGCAUGUCGGCCUAUGUGAAGAAGGAUGGUGAGAAGGGUUUCGUGGUGCUCUCGGUGGACGUCGAAAGUACCUUGAUGUCCAAGGGUUGCAGCUGGACACAGGCGGAGAAGGGCACCAAAUGUGGCGUCAUAAAGGUGACGGAGCGCGCCUUCCAUCCCGAAAAUCUCAAGCACCCGGCCGCGGGCCCCACAAUUGUCAAUCUAACCGUGGUAGAGGACAAGGCCGAACUGCUGAGCAUCCGAGCCCAGCUGAGCGACACCGUCUCCAACGAGGCCUUCCAGGAGUGGGCCAACAACCGCACGGCUCGAUUCCGCGUCUUCGGUGAGGACCUCGAGAAUCUCGAACGCGGGGUGCAAAACGAAAGGCUUUUCGAGGGCAAGCAUCAGGUGGAGAUGGUCAGCGACUUCAGUUCGGCCAUCUUCCAGACCAAGUCAUACUUUGGAGACUCCUGGAGCGACCUCGAUCACACCGAUCCGUGCAGGAAGGGCUACUGCUUCUUGUACAGCAAGUUUCAGUUCGUGGACUAUGCUGGCGUGAAGGUGGAGGAUGGAGCAUGA